GCCAAAUAGUGCCGGAGAACGUGGCUGCGAUCGCGAAGAGAACCGGCGCAAGCACAUUCAAAGAGACACCGAUCAGAUCGACCAAAAGGCAUUCCAGUAGCUGCAGGUGCCUUUUACAACUCCCAAGCAGAGGCGCGUCUCCUAACAUGUCUUGAGAAUACCCGCGUGCAACUCAUCCGCCAGAUUAUGAGGUGGGUUGACGAUCCAGUUGCAAAAGGAAUGUGGUGGCUGAAUGGCAUGGCGGGGACAGGGAAGUCCACUAUCAGGGCCUUUCCACUUUUCAUUUCUGCAGACACUGCGUGUCGCUUUGUCGCGGAACCUAAGAUAGAUGAUCCUAAUGCGCGGCUACAGAAAGUGCUAAAAUACAGAAACAAAGCUAAUACAAGUGCAUUAGACAAGACGUACUUGCCAGUCCUAGCGCAGCAGAUCGAUGACCUCUCAUCAGAUGACGAGGGGGAAGUGAUUGAGAAGUUCCGAUAUGUUAUCGGCACUAUUGUUCUUCUUUCUAGACCUCUCUCGGUUGUAGCUCUAAGUGCCAUCCUCGAUGUUCCUCAAAAGAGUAUCAUGGCUAGGCUCGAUUGGCUGCAUGCUGUAUUAGACGCACCUUCAUCUCAAAACAUUCCCGUGCGUAUGUUACACUUAUCCUUUCGAGAUUUCCUAGUCGAUCCCGCAAAUCGCUCUUCGACCCCUUUAUGUAUAGAUGAGAUGCAAUCCCAUAGUGCGAUAGCGCAAAAUUGCAUCCGUAUCAUGAAGGUGAACCUCCGAAGGGAUCUAUGUAACAUGCGGGCUCCAGGAGCUCCGCGGACAGCCAUUCCACAGCAAACGAUAGAGACGUCUCUCCCACCUGAAGUCCAAUAUGCUUGUCAAUAUUGGGUACACUAUUGGAAGGAAAGUAAAGUUCUGUUUAUCGGAAAGUGUGAGCAUGGUAGAUGGUCUCACAAACUUACUUACGAGUUUACUGAUUAUGUGCAGGAGAACAGCCACGAGGUAUCGGUUUUCCUACGAGAUGCGCGGCGAGUUAUCCUUAGCCACCGCGCUGCUGUUGACAAAUGGCCCCUACAAGUUUACGUUUCAGCUCUCGUAUUUGCACCUAAGAACGGUAUUAUCCGAAAGACGUUUGAUGGUGAGCUACCAGCCUGGUUAUUCCCGCUGCCAAUGGUUAAUCUGGAUUGGGAUGCCUGCGCGGCGACGCUCGAGGGGCACGACGACCCGUGA